UCAGGGUGAAAUAUUACUCAGCGUUUUUGGCAGACCUCGCGGGCACAAUGGUUUUGUCCAGGCUUCUUCCCGUUGACCGGGCCUCUUAGGGUUAAACAAUCCUGUUUCUUAAUUCCUCUUAAGAAGCUGGGGCUGAUUGGUGGCUUUUUUCUAACGUUUUUUUCCGGCUUAAAAAUUAACGUUAAAAUCGUUAGUGAUAUAGUCUAGCUUGAAAACCUCGUAAAUUUAAAUGGUAUCCGAAGGAAAUUCGCUACGUAAGCAUUUUUGGUAAUCUUCGUGAGCUACUUACAGAAUUAACGCAUUCUCAACCACCAGGAUGUAUGUAAGAAAGGAGAACUAGAGGAGUAUCCGCAUCACCUGAGGACUUGUUGCAAAUAUACUCAGAUUAAAGAUGGAGCUAAAGAGACUGAUUUGAUUAACUUUUGGGGGCACUCCACAGAAGGAUGUUAUUAUCAAGUCAGAUGCACCCAACACCCUAUUAUUGGAGAAACAUGCAGAUUAUAUUGCGUCCUAUGGCUCAAAGAAAGAUGAUUAUGAAUACUGCAUGUCUGAGUAUUUGAGAAUGAGUGGUAUCUAUUGGGGUCUGACAGUAAUGGAUCUCAUGGGACAACUUCAUCGCAUGAAUAGAGAAGAAAUUCUGACAUUUAUUAAGUCAUGCCAACAUGAGUGUGGUGGAAUAAGUGCUAGUAUCGGACAUGAUCCUCAUCUUUUAUACACUCUUAGUGCUGUCCAGAUUCUUACUCUGUAUGAUAGUAUUAAUGUUAUUGACGUAAACAAAGUUGUGGAAUAUGUUCAAAGUCUACAGAAAGAAGAUGGUUCUUUUGCUGGAGACAUUUGGGGAGAAAUUGAUACAAGAUUCUCUUUCUGUGCAGUGGCAACUUUGGCUCUAUUGGGGAAGCUUGAUGCUAUUAAUGUGGAAAAGGCAAUUGAAUUUGUUUUAUCCUGUAUGAACUUUGAUGGUGGAUUCGGUUGCAGACCAGGUUCUGAAUCGCAUGCUGGGCAGAUCUAUUGUUGCACAGGAUUCCUGGCUAUUACCAGUCAGUUGCAUCAAGUAAAUUCUGAUUUACUUGGUUGGUGGCUUUGUGAACGACAGUUACCCUCAGGUGGACUCAAUGGAAGACCAGAGAAGUUACCAGAUGUAUGCUAUUCAUGGUGGGUGCUGGCUUCCCUAAAGAUAAUUGGAAGGCUUCAUUGGAUUGACAGAGAGAAAUUGCGUAGUUUCAUCUUAGCAUGUCAAGAUGAAGAAACGGGGGGAUUUGCAGACAGACCAGGAGAUAUGGUGGAUCCUUUUCAUACAUUAUUUGGAAUUGCUGGAUUGUCACUUUUGGGAGAAGAACAGAUUAAACCUGUUAGUCCUGUUUUUUGCAUGCCUGAGGAAGUGCUUCGGAGGAUGAAUGUUCAGCCUGAGCUAGUGAGCUAGAUUCAUUGAAUUUGAACUAGAUUCAAAAGUUGAAUAGUGUAGUUUUGCCAUCUCAACAUUUCUGUAUUUGAAGUGCUUAUCAAACUUAAAAACUACUGUUAAUACUUUGUAUAUUAAUUGUUAAAUUAAUUUUCAUAAAUCAUGUAAUUAUAUAUUGUAAAAUAAAGACCUGUAUUUUAUUUUCA